AUGUUCAACGAAAAAAUUCAUGAUCAAAAUAAUGAUAAUAGUGAUAUUGAUAUCAAUGAUUCAAAUUCUUCAGAUCGAUUGAUUAAAGCUAAAAUCAACUGGGCGAAAUCAAAAUCCAAAAGACUUACCAAUAAAAGAUUGAUAAAAUAUUUCGAUAAAGUGGUUGGUACGUUGAAUAAUAUGUCGGAUGUGAAGAAAAAGUUUGAAGAAAUAAACCUUCUACAGAAUGAAGAAAGUUCUUAUAAUCCAGUCAGUGAAAAUCACUAUGAUAAUGAUGAUGAUUAUGCUGAUGAUGGAAUUAUCAAAACUAAAUUUAACUUUAAUGUUUUUACUACUCACAGUAAUAAUAGUAGUAGUUUUAAUGGUUUUACUGGAAAUAAAAGUUAUGCUGACGAUGAUGAUGAUGAUGAUGAUGACAGUAGCGACGAGGAUGAGGAUAUGUAUCAAAAUGAUACUGAGAAUCACACUACAAAUAACCAUUGUCAACAUCAAAAUCAAAAUAAUCAUCAGAAAAAUGAAAAUAUUCAAUCGAAUGAAGAUGUUCAACAUUCAUCAAGUAGUUUCACUGGUCAAUCGAGUAGUUUUUCUCGUUUGAAUACAUCAUCACCAAUGUCAUACGGUGAUGAAUUGAAUUCCAUGCCUGUAACCAGUUCAAUAGAUGAUUUACUUAGUUUAGAUCAAUAUGAUCAAGAUGAAAGUGUGUCGAAAGAUUUCUCACCACAAAAUCAAUAUUCAAUAGUCGAUAGAAAAAUCAAUUCAAACUUGCAAAGAUGGUUAUCACAAUCGGAGUUGUUGAGAUCUAAUAUGCGAAUGAAACAUUUUCCACGUGAUGGUUAUUUCUGGUCAGUUGCAUUAUUGAUCAAACUUGGUGUUAAAUUAGUAUCUUCUAGUCAUAAAGGUAAAACAAAUCCAUAUGUAAAAAUCAAGUAUAAUGGCAAUGUUUUAGCUAGAAGUCGAAUGAUUCCAAAUAAUUGUAAUCCUGUAUGGGAUGAAAAAUUUUGGUUUCGUUUAUGGAGCAUAGAUAUGCCAAUAGAGUUAAAAGUUUGUCAUCGUGAUCCAUUUAAAAAAGAUUCCUACAUUGGCCGAACACAAUUCAGUCUAACCGAGUUAGAUUUAGACAAAGAAUAUGAAUUCGUGUCAAAAUUAGACAAUGAUUCUAAUAAAACACCAAAUCCCGGUGAAAUUAAAUUCUAUGUAACAUUGAGUGAAAUUAGUGAAGCAGUUAUUGAUAGUUCUGAAUGUAAAAAAUUGAAAAAGAAAUUGAAAGAAGAAAAAUCACGUAUAUUUGCUACAGAAUUCUCAUCCCAAUUACCUGGUACCAUUACUACAACAUCAACGCUCACACCAGUUGAUCAUUAUUCCAUGCCAGAAAAUAUCAUAACACAACCAGUACGUUCAGGAAUUAUUGGUAAUUCACUGACAAACAGUACUAUACAAUCUAAUCUACAAUACAACCAAUCAAAUCGUGAUUCAACAGAAAUUUUGGAUUUUAUAGAUGAGGCGCCAAAUGAUGAUGUACCGUUAAAUACAUUAAAACAAACUGAUAAAUUUUGUCCAAAUCGUGUUGAAGAUAAUUGGAUGGAGCGUAAUCAAUAUUUACUGCCUCAACCAAUAUGGCCGUAUAGUUUUUAUGAAGGUACUAGCCUUGAAUUGUACACAAGUAAAUGUCCAUUUGUUGACAGUAAUGAAAGUAUUGACAAAUUGUGUAUAUUGAAUAAUGAAAUACACAUGGAAAGUUUAUUUCAACAAUCACGUUUAAUUGUUACACUGGUUGGUGCAAAAAAUUUAAAAGUUCGCACUAAAUCAAAAAAUGUUAUGGUUGCUGUCAAUGAAUCGGAACAUGGUAAACCAUCACGUAAUAGUCGAAUAAUACGUGGUCAUCCAGAUUCAAUGCCGAUGAAUGGUGUUGAUGAAGAAAAGAACAAUCUACCUUGUCCAACAGUAUUUUUAACGGUUGGAACUAAAACACAUCAAAGUAAAGUCGUUAUGCAUACAAGAGAUCCAUCGUGGUAUGAACGAUUUGAAUUUCGUGUCCGACCUGGAGUGAGAACAGUACUUCAAUGUGAAGUGUUUGAUGAUUUACAUCAAAAUACUAAUCUACUUGGACGAUUUUAUUUAGAUUUUUCUAAAAUUGUCCUAGACUGGACAACAUGUUUCACGUUGAAUAAUCAAGAUGGCCGUGGUCAUGGUGAAUUGUAUAUCUUAGCUACAAUGACUGGAUUAUUUCCAAUUUCUAAUGGUAAUAUACCUAGAACGUUUUCAUCGGAUCAAUUGAAACUGGAGACUGAUUCUAUUUAUGGUGAUUUAUCUAAAGAACCUGUAUCGAAGACUACAUUAGAUCAAGUUGCUGAAUAUUAUAAAGUAAGAAAUGCUUUUCGAAAAUGGUCGGAUGUCGGUUGGUUACAUAUUGUUGUCAAUCGAGCGUCGAAUUUACCGGCUAAAGAUCGAAGUGGAAAAUCGAAUACAUUCUGUGAAAUUAGACUUGUGAAUCGUGUUGUACGAACAUUUACAGCACAGAAAACUGCUAAUCCUGUAUGGAAUCAAUCAUUUGUAUUCCCAAUUGAAGAUAUGUAUUCUCUUUUGGAAGUGUUUAUCUAUGAUGAAGGUAAAGAUUCAUCUGAAAUGACCGGUUGUAUUUCAUUUCCACUUAUACAACUUAUUAAUCGUAGACAAAAAUGGUAUGCAUUAAAAGAUAAAUCAUUGACUACAUUAGCUAAAGGUUCUAUUCUAUUACAAACUAUCAUUAUUUUCAAUCCUCUUAAAGCUUCAAUUCGUACAUUAUAUCCUAAAGAAAAACGUUUAUUUGUUGAAGAUAGUAAAGUUAAACUACGAGAUUUUACAAAGAAGCAUUUACCCCUCUUACAACGCAAUAUUGAACGGCUUACACCGUACAUAGAUCAAUUCAAAAAAAGUGGACAAGCAUUUCAUAAACUUUAUUCAUGGGAAAGACCAUUUGUAUCAUUGAUCAGUUUGAUCAUUUUUGAAUUGAGCGUUUUAUUUUUUCAACCAUACAUGAUUGGUGUAGCUUUAGCCAUAUUCAUGAUUAUUAUGUUGAUUGUGCCACGCGUCUAUACCACUUCUUCAUCAUUAUUAUCUCCAUCGUCAAUAAAUUUCUUUCGAUUUUCUCGAUCGAAAGAUUCUGAUAGUGAGGAGAAAGAUAAAAAAACUAGUUUAGCAACAAAAUUGAAAAGAGUUCGUUCAGUACUUGGUAUAUUACAAGAUAUUGCUGAAUUCAUUACAUCAUUCCUUGAACGACUUAACUAUUUAUGCAGAUGGCGAUAUCCUUGGUUAAGCUGUUUAUUUUUAGUGAUCAUUUUGUUACUUUCAAUCACGCUGUAUUUUAUACCAUUACGAUAUAUUAUUUUUGGAUAUACGUUAAAAAAAUUCACACGUAAAAUACGCAAUCAACAUAGACCAUCUACAACACUAUUUUUGGGUAUAUUAAAUCGAGUACCUAGUAGAAUGGAGAAGAUUUAUUACAGAGAAUUAAGACCUUUAUCUACUCCACCAGCUGAUAUAAAACAAUCAAAUGUAACAUCCACUACUACUACUAAAACAGGAGGAGCAUCACAAAAUUAUCCAAAAAAAGAUGGUUAUUAUAGUAAUAUAUCUGCACCGUGUAAAUUCAUCAAAUCACCAUUGAGUCAUGGUUAUACAGCUACAAAAUGGUUAGUUCGUGAUGCAACAUUGGAUACUAGUGAAUUAAGAUGUUUUACAUUGCCAAAACCGCAAAUUCUUAAAAUUUUCCAACCUUUGAAUUCUAUGCAUAGUUGUUUAACUUCAUUACACUUUGAAAAAGUUGGUAUUUCUCAUAUAAAUUUAUGUGAAGCUCCACAUUUGAAAAAUAUCACUUUAGAGAAUUGUUCUGACCUAAGAGCUAUUCUAUUCGACAAUUCUUAUGCUUCACCAGCCGAUUGUAAUAAUAAUAAUAGCAAUCAUCAUCAAACUAUCAAUGAUGUCAAUCGCAAAACUAUCGAUCGAUUCCCAGCACUUCGACGUAUUCGAAUUAUUAAUUGUCCGAAAUUUGCAAUUUAUAAUUUUCUCUCCGGUGUUGGUCAACUUUAUCCUGCACACAAUGAAAAUAUAUCCAUUACAUAUAGACCAUUUGGACAAUAUAAUGCUCAGGUAGAACGAGCAUUAUGGGAUUAUUGUCAACAUGCGCAUAUACUUAUAUCACAUGACUAUAAAAUUUGGGAAAGUGAACGUGCUAUGGAAGAGUUUCAUUCGACAUUUGAUCAGUUGUUUAGAGAAGUGAUCAAUUUCUCUGAUAUGGUUAUUCGUCGAGAUCUUCUUCCUAUUUAUCCUCAACCUAUGGAAAGUCUACAAAAUUCUGUUUAUAAACGCUGUGAAUAUGGUUUAGAAUGGGAUUUUAUCACUGAUAUACCAUGGGUACAUGAAGUAUGUUGUUCAUUGCUUAGAACAACUGAAUUGCAUCGAUCAUCAACUGAUCAAACAGAUCAGCUGUAUGAAUUAUUAUCAGAAUAUCAAUCAACAAUGGAAAAUUUAAAAAUUCAACGACAUGGUAUACAUUAUCAUGUACAAUAUCGUAAUGUUCAUUCAACUAUUCAAACAUCAUCAUACACUCAUACAAAUGAUACUUCAGAAGAUUGUAUAGAUAAGAAUUAUUUAAAUUAUCUUUUACCUUGUAAAUCAACAUUUUAUACAAAUUGGCCAUAUACUGAAACUAAUCUACUAGCUAUGCAUCCUUCCACUGAUCUCAAUACAAUGAAAAAUGAUACUUUCAUCGAUGUAAAUCGUUCUACAUGUUAUUUGACGAAAAAUUCCUCAUCGUCAUCAUCAUCAUCGUCAUUAUCUACGCAUCAUUCACAAGCAAAACUAUUGAAACAUGAUAACCAUAAUAGCAAUAAUAGCAAUAAUAAUAAUAUUGAAUUUUUAUCUUGGAAACGUUUAUUACUAUCACAAGAAGAAGAACUAUCUAAUGUGGAAUGUUUGAAUGUUGACAAAUUGUCAAAUUUACCCUGUUCAUUAUUAUUUCAUAAUUAUAAUUAUAAUAAUAUUCAAAAAUCUUUAUCUAAACAAAAUCAUUGUACAUUGAAUUUUUCAACGUCUGAUAAUCGUUUGAAAAAAUUGCCUUUAUUAUCAUCGCCCAGUUGUUCUUCAUCUUCAUCUUCGUCUUCGUCUUCAUCAUCUUCUUCCUCCUCUUCGUGUUCCUUGUCUCAACAACCACAAUCAUCAUUGUCUAUAUCUUCUUCGGUGCCGACCAUUACUCCUACUACUUCUACUAAUAACACAUGUGAUCAUUCUGUUUUAAUCUGUUCAUCGCGUAAACGUUCACUUCCUCCAACUAAAUUAUUUUCCAGUUCUUGUAAAAAGUUUAAAUCUAAACAAAAGUGAUGAUUAUUAAUUAGUACUGUAUUAUCUCUCAUUUAAUAUUCAUUCAAUGGUUUGUAUGGUAUGUGUCCGUUUGUUUGUUUGUUUGUGUGUUUGUUGGUUUUUCUCAAUAUUGUGAUGCUUGUACUCGAUCGCUCAUAAUAAGCGUAUAUAUAUAUAUAUAUAUAUAUAUAUUAUGUACUUACUUACUUAAUUACUUAUUUACUUGCCUACCUACCACCUACCUAUCAACUGUGUGUGUGUGCGUGUUUAGGCAUUCUAUUGCUUUUCUGAAUGUUGCGCACACGCACACACACUCACACUGUUUGUGUUUUACUUCAGUGGACUAUUUUCCCCCUUGUUUCUCUUAUUUCACCUUUCUGUUUUUUGUUUAACUUGUUGUUAUCAAUUUCUCUGUGGCUCUGUAAACCAUACACACACACACACUUUAUAUAUAUAAAAUUGUAUACAAUUUUGUUGGAUUCAAUACCAUUUUGUCUAAAAAAAAGAAAAAUGCACUGACGCGCACAUUCACUUUUUGUUUCUUGCUCCCUCUCUCUGUGUGUGUGUGGGUGUGUGUGUGUGUGUGUUGAUCCAUACUACCGCCACCGCAACCACCACUGUGUCCCCUGUUGUUGCUUGUUGACAUUGAUAAUCAUCAUGUUUGAAUAAUGUUGUAUAUUGUUUGAAUAAUAAUAGUAAUAUUAUUAUUAGUACGGUUAUUAUUAUUAUUAUUAUUAU